CAUCAGAGACUAGAUUGGAUCCAUUAACCAAUGAGGAUUUCACAAUGAAAAUAUCAGUAGAUGACAAUGUAGAUGCUUCUGAGAGCUUGAGUAUUUGUGAUUAUGAGGCAUUAAAAGCCAGCAGUGUUAUGAGUGCAAGCAACACAAACAACAGUCAUACAACUGAACAGACAAACGUGACUCAAGGAGCCAAAGUGAUUCCUACUAUCGAUAAUACAGCUGAGACAGACACUAUCAACUGUGAGCAAAAUGCUAGUUCUCGGAAUGUGCAAGCAAGAGAAGACAUGCCAGUAAAUAUCCCAAAUAUGAACCAAUCAUGUCUUGAAAUUUCUACCAACACAUCUAAUUGCAGCAGUGUUUUGAGUACUGAUACAGACGCAACAUCAGAUUCAAAGCAGUGUGGUCUAGAGACUUUGAAAUGUGCAUCAAAUAAUGUUGUAGAUCUUACUGUUGAUGAUCCAGUGUUGAAUGGCAAAUGUGAGAUUUCUUUAGAGAAUAUAAAGAGCAGCAACACCAAUUCGCUUGGUUCAACCAAAUCACUAAAUACUAACAUAAUCAAAGACAGAUGUGAUUUAUCAAGGCCAGAGCCAAACAAAAAAGAUGAUGCAAACUCACCAGAAACCCAGCUUAUUUCUAAACUAAGAGAUUAUUUGACCAAAUUUGAGUCCACUGUCAAGAAACAAGAAGCAGUGAAUGAAGAUCUGAAGGAAAGACCAGUGGUGUGGAUAACACUUGACAGCACGGCACAUAAACAGCAGUUGUUUGAACAAGGCCAGUACUGUAUGGUGAAUCUUCCCUGCCUGAUGCCUCCCGGGUGCGACGCUGUUACGCAAGACUACCCCAGUGAAUGCACUGAAACCCCUGUUCAAACCAGGAGGGCUCCUCGGGGGGAACAUGCUCAAACUGGAGCUGAUGUUUGCCUGCUAGUGCCUGUUGAGUCUAAGAGAGGCAGACGAUUUUCCCAUACCAAACGCACUAGAAGAUCAAGAAGGAGCUCAGUUAUUAGUGUCAGUCCUGACAGUACCAGUGCAUUAGACAACGUCAAAGAUAAUUCGAUUCCCCUGGUCCAAGUGAACGACCUGAACACUGGUACCCCAGAAAUCUCCAUCAAUAACACCCCAGAUGCCCAGUUCCAGAUGCAAAGAGCGAGCACAACUGGCCGACAAAAUCCCUCCGAGAAUUUGGAUAGUUUAUGUGAACGAAAGAGUCAAGAAAAUCAGUCUUUGACCACGAUAGAAAUCAUUGACGAUGGCGAUGUAAGCAGUACAUUCGCGGACAAUGAAUACAGCAUCAGUGACAUUUCAAACACUCUUAAACUGGCUGACAAGACAACCUCGUUAACCGAACUUGGAUCUUUGCAGUCUAAAUGCAAAAACAUGUUGCAGUAUUUCAUCUCUAGUUUUGAACGAGAUCAGAAAGUGCCCUUCGACCAGUCUUUCGUUUCAAGAUGCCUCAUCUUAGAGCAAUAUUUGGACCAUCCACCUGCACAAGUAGACCUGAAGUAUGAAGCAGUGAACUCUUACUUGGAGUUGCAGAUGAUGAUGGAAGCUUGGCAGUUUGUAGAAAACAAAAUGAACUUCUUCCGAGGUAAACCUACAUUUAGGAGUUUGCUUUGGUACGAUCCCUCUCUUUACGGAGAGCUCUACAAGGGGGAGGUUGGCUUUCAGCAACAGUCGUCCUUGUUCGUUUCUUUCCAAAAUAUCCUGGCACAAGAGGGCUACAGCAAACUGCAGGAAUACUACAGUGCCGUGUCCUUGUUGCACCAACAGCUCCAUGCGGCGCCUGAUGCCUCUUACUACAUGUAUCUGAAGAGCAAGCGUGAGCUCCUCGAGGCUGAGGCCGCUCUCAGGAAUCCCCACGAUAUUAAAAGCUUCUUUUUAUCUGUACCAAUUGCUGCGAUGAUCAACUUCGGAGACAAUUUGGAAAGACUGGAAAAGGUCCACAAAGUCAUAAUGACUUUUGUGGAAACACCAUCAGAUCAGUUGCCUGGGACAUUUGAUGUGGGCAAAGCAGAGCAUCUGUCCAUCGCAUGCAGAUAUCUUCAAGAAAAAGCUCUUUUCAUGAAAUCAUGCAAGGAAGUGAUUAGCAAAAUAUCAUGGUUUGGGAUUGAACACCUUCUUUAUGACGCCUCUAAGGUUCUCGUGUGGCAAGACAUGGGUCAUGGUGCACCGAGUGAGGCUCUCAAGACAUAUAAGAAUUCAAACCCGCAGAUUAUUUUUGGGGUGACGGAGUCAGGUGUUACUCUCGUGAACAAAGUGGACCAGCCUCCUCCGGCCAUGGAUGGAGCAGAGACGAGACAUAAGAGUGAUGCUGCACGGAAACGCAAAUGUUUACAGUUAUGGAUGUCCUCUCAACCCAGUGAUGCACAGAGUAGAAAUGUUGACAAGGAGGUGACUUACAACAUGGCCAAAAGGAGGGCAACUCAUCCACCCGUCACACAAUGUAACAUGCAUAAUAAAGGUGUGAACCCCCAUUUCCAAACAACUCCUGCAACCCACGUUGGGAUCCCGAGGCCUUACUACACUCUUCCUCACAGAGUGGACCCGGGCCAAUGGGGAAAGGUUGGAAACACGGCUGCGGACUGGACUAUGUCUGCACCUUCCACGUCUCAUGCACACUCAGACAUAAAUCCUCAUCUUCUGUCUAAAAGACGAGUGACUUUAUCACACUCUGAUGAGAGAUCUUUAGCAGACGUACAAAGAGCGCAAUGGCCUUUAGUCUCGGCUCCCCAAGCAACUUUACGAGGAGAUUCUUGUGUCACACAUCCAGCGUUUGAUAGUGCUACAUAUCUAAAAAAUAACACUGAAGCACAUCGUCCUGUGCUCACACAAGAACAAGGGAACCAGUUCAAUUUAGCCAUGACACAACCUUAUAAUUUAGCCAACUGUCCUCUGAAUGUGAAUAUGGUUCCUCCUCCUGCUCCUCACUCUUUGACACGUGUGCCUGUGCCCAGCAGGAUUCCAGCCAUUCAUUACCCAUACUUCCUUCUAAACGGACAAACAUACACCACAGGCUCCACUGCAGCCGUUCACCCUGAGACUAGAUAUUAUCCCAACACCAUGGGCUGAUGAACUACAAGAUACCAGAGAAUGACAUGCAUAUGCAUUUUUGUUGUAUUUACUAUUUUAUUUACAGCGAAAUUACAUGAAAAAGAACUGGUUUUACAUCAUACAACUAAAAAUGCUAUUGAUGCAUACGUGCACUUGGUACUUUUAAGCAAAGGUACUUUAAUGUGACUUUAUAUAAUAUAACAUACAUGUUCAGGUAAAACCAUCCUUGUUGGCUACUGUAUAAUAUAACAGUGUUUUGUACAAAGAGUUCAGUUACUUUAUUUAUUGAUUCAACUUUUUUUUCUAAGACAAUUUAACGUAAAUAAAGAUAUGAUUUGAUAAUUCUA